AUGGAUCAGCUGCCGUCGUGGCUUUGGGUGAGAGGUGCGGACCAGUUUCACCCUUUUAUUUAUCCGGAGAUGGUUCUUGCCUCCCGUGCUAUGGUCCCUCGAGAUGGCGAGUACGACGUGGUCUGCCGCAACUGCUACUCCACCAUCGACAACUUGCAUAGGAGUGUUUCGCAGAGCUAUGGCCCGUCACCUCCCCCGGCUCCGGUUCCCAAGAAUGCCAACUUGUCCGAUCCUCUAGGCCACUGCAAGACUGAAUACCCGGUCAUGCCAGGGUUUCGCCUGCCCUUUGUAGACCUGUCUGUGCCUGGGGUGGGCGCUUACGUUGAGGAUCCAUACGUUGGCAUGUGUCUGGUGGAAUGUCCAUGGCUGCUGAGCACGAGCAGUCGACUCUCUUCGGUGUUUCCGACUUCCAUGGUCCCCAAAGGGUCGUUCAGCCCUGAGUCGGAUGACUCCAUUGGAUCCAGGCUCAAUCCAGAAGCGGUGCCCCAUGAGCCCAGUUUGCCUGCGCCGUACGCGCUGUCCGAUCCAACAUGGGCCCAGCCGAUCGAUGACGCCAUUUCGCAUCUUUCCCGUUCGAAUUCCCGCUCCCUCUUCAGCGUCGAGUAUACCGGUGCCAAUGAAGAAUCUACCUCGACACCCGCUCAAAAAUUUCAUGCUGCCCUCGAGCAACUCAAGAGUACUAUUGGUGUCCGCCGUGACUUGACAUCCCCUGAGCUCGAGCAACUCAGGAACAACAUCGAUGUCCGCCGUAACUUGGCAUCCCCUGAGCUCGAGCUUGAGCCAGCUCUCCCUAUGACACGUUAUCUGGUCGGCAAAGAAGGAGGUCGGCGUCCUUGGAAAAAUGACAGGCACUGUCGGGGCGGGAGUGUUCGCAAGCCGAGCAGACAUGUUCGCAAGCCGAGCAGGCGUGUUCGCAAGCCGAGCGUCAAGCGACUGGGCUCCCUCAAGGUGGCCUCACCGCGACAGGUGAAUGCAGCGACGAAGCGACAAGAUCGACGAGAGAAGUUGAAGGCCCGGAUCAACCACGGAAGGGGAAAUGGGCGCCGUUAUUCACACAGGCCCUGGCGUACGCAGAUGGCAAAUCGUUGA